CCAAUGAUGGACCUGUUGGUCCAAAUCACCACCAACCAUCAGCUCCAGCUGUCCAACUACACCCUCCAAGCUCUGGGAAUGGCCCCAUCGUCCGAACACAGCGACAAGAUUCUCCCUUUCAAACCUAACACUCCGAUCGGUACUUUAGAUACCCAGAACAUCAAGGUCAUUCCAAAGUCAAGGACGUUACCCGUGCCGAAAAAUGUCCCCCCAGGUCAUCAGCCGUUCGAGAGCACUUUCAGGCUGAAAGUGCAUCUGCCGAGGAACCAGCUGUACGUGACUAGGGUGAGCAGGAAUGUUCUGCUGGAGGACAUCAUGAAGAAGGUAUGCGAGGAGAAAAAUUUGGAUCCGAUGAAGUACGAGUUCAAACAUCCAGGUAACCUAGAUGAGGCGCUGGAUCCUAAGUCAACUCUGAGUGAUUAUCAGAUAACAGAAAUCUACGUAGUUUCGAAAGGAACGGUUAGUCUCAAUCAAGCGUUUUCCACAAGCGAUAUCAUGGCGCUGAGAAAAGAGGAGGAGAGAAAACAAAUGCACAACAAGACCGGGGGUGGUGUUUUCAACUUGAUUUUUCGCAGAGGAAAAUCGAGCAUGGGAUCAGGCUCGAUAUCCAGCGACACCCGCUCCAUCUCACCAACCCACAGCGACGAUUCAAGGUCAGUAACGCCCCCUGGCGUCCAGCAGAAGAUUCUUACCCCCCCAAAGAAGGAUCCUCCACCGGAUCGUCCCAAACCGCCGCAAAGAAAGCGGCGGCCGGCUCCAAAACCUCCGCAACAGGCCGAAAACAGCCGAAGGAACUCCGAGGAGAGCCGAAGAAAUUCCGAAGAGAAACCACCGAGUACGGUUUCCGAAGUGAGCGAACUGCAGUCGAGAAGGCUCGAUAACGGACUUGUCAUCUGUCACUCAAGGAACAGUUCGGAUAGUUCCGGAUACCACGAGGCUUCCGUGCUGAGCGAGCAUUGCAAUACGUCACUACCAAGAAGACCAAAAUCCGCUUUUGUCGGCGGUGGGGAUAUGGAGAGGAUGUCCAAGUUACACAGUCAUAGUACAACCAAUUUGUCCAAGAUGUCGUCGCAUUCUAAGUCAACCACUAGCUUGGGUGUUGCAGCUUCCUUCGACUCUACCCACUAA